AAGUGAAAAAGUGGAAGAGGAGUCCCGAGAGAAGACAACGUCUCGCUUGUCUGGGGAGAUUUCAAGGCAAAUCCAGUAAAGCAAAGUCCCUCAAACAGAAAGUGAAUGGAAGAUGCCACGUUCCUUUUUGGUGAAGAGCAAAAAGGCUCACACCUACCACCAGCACCGCUGUGUGGAAGAUGACCUGCCAGUCCUCACGUGGGGUCCAGUCACCUCUGCCUUCACUGCCACAGGAGACAGGACACCAGAGGACAUCAAGAAACAGGACCUGGGAUAUGUGGUUCCAAAACAAGAAAAGGACCCACCUGAACUGAAAGAAGAAAGUGUCCCUGUCCCGUACCUGAGCAGGAUGCUGCCAGGCCCCUCAGCUCAAGAGAUGGCGGUGCCGGGGCUGCAGAUCAAGGACUGCACCAACACAGCGAGCACCCCAACCUUCUACAAAGCUGGCUUCUCCUGGGAUGCUUUCCAUGUGCCAUACAGCUACCAGCAGAUGUCUUCCAGCAUGCAGUCAGCCCUGCUGGAGCACCCCGUGAGCCUGUAUGGGAGCCACCUCCUGCCCAGCACCGAGCCCCCCCUGGAUUACAGCCUGCAUUAUUCCUCAGACAUGGAGACCUUCCACUGCCUCAAGUGCAACAAGGUGUUCUCCACUCCCCAUGGACUGGAGGUCCAUGUCCGAAGGUCUCACAGCGGGACCCGUCCCUUUGCUUGUGAGGUGUGUGGCAAAACCUUUGGGCACGCUGUGAGCCUGGAGCAGCACACCAACAUCCACUCCCAGGAAAGAAGCUUUGAGUGCAAGAUGUGUGGGAAGACAUUCAAACGUUCCUCCACCCUCUCCACUCACCUCCUGAUCCACUCGGACACACGGCCCUAUCCCUGCCAGUACUGUGGGAAGCGCUUCCACCAGAAGUCGGACAUGAAGAAGCACACCUACAUCCACACAGGGGAGAAGCCCCACAAAUGCCAGGUGUGUGGCAAAGCCUUCAGCCAGAGCUCCAACCUGAUCACCCACAGCCGCAAGCACACCGGCUUCAAACCCUUCAGCUGCGAGCUCUGUGCCAAGGGCUUCCAGCGCAAGGUGGAUCUGCGGAGGCACCGAGAGACCCAGCACAGCCUCAAGUGAGGGCUGGCUCCGGGUUCUCUGCUGGAGCUCCCACUUCAUGCUCCAGAGAAGAAAACUGUCCCCAGCACCUCCAUCCACCUGAUAAAGCUCCCAGGGUGUCCUGUGUUCCCCUGGGGACUGGCCAAGUCAUGCUUUGGCUGUGGUGUUUGGCACCUCGGGGCCUUGAACAUCCCAAAGAAACCUGUGGGAGCUUUCAAUUUUCUAUUGCAACAGGUACCAGCCCAGAUCUGACAUCACCUGCUCAAGUGUAAAUCCAGAGGAAUUCCUCCAAGGUCACUAGUACUCUGGAUUUACACCAGGAGCAGGAUCCAGUUCGUCAGGCUGCCCAGCAGGGAGGAGGGGACUCCUGGGCUGGUGGCAGCAACAAUCUGUGCCAAGCCGGUGCUGUAACCAUGUUCUGCUCUGAUGGUUGGGAAGAUAAGCCCAGGGCAUGCAAAUAGAUUGCAUUCAGUCAGCUGUGUUCAACCUGGAUAGGCCUUCUGCAGAGACUUGCCCAGGCCAUAAAUUCUGCCAACAGACACCUUAAAGUAGUUUCUUUCAGCAGAGCAUUUACUGUGAUCAAAUGACAAGUUAACUGUGCUGUAUUUUUAGCUUGGAGUGGGAGGAAAAUACUGAAGAAACAGCUCCUAUCCCUAGCAGAUAACAGGGGUCUCUAAAUACAUUCCUCAGACACACCACGCUGCAGAGAUCCCGAGCAGGCUCCAGGAAGAGCCACAGCACCAGGCAGGAACUAAUCAUCCCCAUGUCCUGGCACCAUGGGAAAGUCUGGCUGCUCUUGGAAUCGGGGCUGAUACAUGCCACAAUAUUUCCCUGCAUGCUGGACGUGCCAGCUUAGAGCUGUCCUGAGCAAUCCUGAGUCGCUGCCUGGGCAGGGGUGACCCUGGAUAUCGAUGUCGAGGGCCGGAGUUGUGCUCGCCAGGACUCUUCUCGAGGAGGAAGUGACUGAGCCUGUACAAGCUGGCAGAGCAUGCAAGCACCUCACAAAUAUUAUACAAAGAGAGCAGUGGUAUUUCCUCCUUUUGCCAGGUCUAGGGGUUGAAGCAAAGCACUGGAGCAAGUAAAGAACCUGUUCUCCUCCAAGCUCUGCCAAAUUCUCUCUCUAUAACCUUUGGCAAGUCACUGCAAUGGGCUUUUGUUUUUCCACCCCUCCUGGUGACGUGGGGCCAUUC